AUUGUUGCGAGUGAGUCCAUCUUAUCCUGAAUUGCCGCCUUUGUGUAAAGCAGCGAAUUACGUCGAGCAUAUGCGGCCAUUUGAUCUCGCUCCACUAGCCUGCCAGCUGACCAAUGCGUACGGGGCAAAUGCAAAUCUGCUGGGGUGCAGCAGGUAGUCUGGGGCAGGCUUGCCCUCCCAAAAGCAAGUGGUUCAAUCUGAACCCUGAGCAGAGCAAGAACUGCAAAGGCGUUGUAGGGAUUUCAAGCUAGACUGUAGUGCUCCACAUGGAAGUUCUAAGAAAAUCUUGACAAAGCCUGAUGCCUUUUUAAAGUUUUUUUUUUAAGGAAGCAUAAGAUCUGUACUAUGUGAUGGCCACAUCAAUUCAUGAUUUCAGAUGUUAGCUCGCCUGUUCUCCAUGUGACCAGAAAAAUAACUGAACUCCUGAGAGGUCGAGCUAAACUAUGAUCAAGCAGGAUGCAUUUUCAGUGGACAGACAGCUGGGAGUUCUACUGGCCUGAUCCCUUGUAUAAACUAGUAUUAUUCAGUGUUCUUAUCAAUUUGUUCCCUUUUUUUUAAAGCUUGACGAGAAUCAUCGCUCGCUGCUGGAUUCCGAAGUGGUUACGUGACCGAUUUCAAGACGUAAGCAUCACGAGAUCUCUACCUGGAAGUUCCAGCUCCAUCUCAAACUCUUCAUCGUCACUGCACUUUCGGCUUCUUCAUCGUCGAGACUGAACAGUUUCAGUUCCAGUAUCGACAAGGGGCCCAUUCUCCCCGAAAUAAAGAAGCGCUCGGCCCAUCAGCCCAAGGUCAGCCCAUCACUGCAAUCGGCGGCAGCGGGAGGGAGGGAGGAUCGCUGAUCGCCGAACCCCCAAACCUCACAUAAAGCGUCCGCCGCCGCCGGAAGUGCAUCAGUUCCGUCUUCUCCUCCCCGCCUCCCGUCUCCUCUCCGGCCGGCCGACGUCUUCCCUUGCUUGCUGGUCACUCAGUUGAUUUUAGACUCAAGAUGGCGGUCGUUUCGUCAAAUGUCAACUCCGAGGCAGGCCUUCAAAAGCUUAACGAUUACCUCCUCACUCGCAGUUACAUAACCGGAUACCAAGCUUCAAAGGAUGACAUGGCCGUCUUCACUGCAUUGUCAUCGGCUCCCUCAUCGAGCUAUGUCAAUGUUACAAGGUGGUACGAUCAUAUCAGUGCUCUCCUUAGGUCCAGUGGAGUCACUGCAGAAGGUGAAGGUGUUAAGGUUGAGUCAUCUGCUUGUUCUAUGGCUUCAACUCCUCGAGUUGCUGACCAAAAGCCAUCGACAGCUGAUGAAGAUGAUGAUGAUGAUGUUGACCUAUUUGGUGAGGAGACUGAAGAGGAGCGUGCAGCAGCUGAAGCACGUGUAGCAGCUGUUAAAGCUUCUGGCAAGAAGAAAGAGUCUGGGAAGUCAUCAGUUCUUCUAGAUGUGAAGCCAUGGGACGAUGAAACUGACAUGCAAAAACUUGAGGAAGCUGUUAGGAGCGUGAAGAUGGAAGGUCUACUCUGGGGUGCAUCAAAACUUGUUCCAGUUGGAUAUGGCAUCAAGAAGAUGCAAAUUAUGAUGACCAUUGUGGAUGACCUUGUUUCUGUCGACAUGCUGAUUGAGGAUCAUCUCUGCACUGAGCCAGCCAAUGAGUACAUUCAGAGCUGCGACAUUGUGGCGUUCAACAAAAUCUAAAACUGGAUCAUCAUGGAGCCAAAGUUGAAUGGAGCACCUUGUUAAAGUUGCAUCCCUGCCUCCAGCGCUCAUCGUAGCAAUCACCAUUAUAUCUGUUUUGGCUUUGAACUUGUUUGCUGUAAAACUGACUGCAUUUGCCACAGAUUGCCACAGAAAGAUGCUAGUUUGGAUGUUAAUUUUUGGAACUUCGCUAGAGUUUAUACCUAGCACUGAGCUCCUUUCGUUGACUAUAAUUUUUAGGUUAUGAUAUGAACCAUGAUUGGCUCA